AUGGGGAAUUGUUGUUCCGAGGACGUGACGCCGUAUGAGAAUCAGUUGGAGAUUGAGGCGGGUGCGGAGGGGGAGUUGGAGCGUCAAGAGGUAGCGGGCGAGGUUGGUCCUGCGGAUGGAGGGGGUGCGCCUUCACCGCCGACGAAAGGUCCAAGUGCGGAGCCGGUGGCGGGAUUGUAUGACGACUCGCCGUCUGCUGCUCCACCGCCGUCGCCGGUAUCGUUAGAAGCGCCUGCAGUGAGUGAGGUUCCGGUUGCACCAGAUGUAUCGGAAGGAACGCCUGCAGGGUUAUCGCCGCCGGCAGCACCACUGGUACCGGACAACAGUGCGAAGCCGUUUGUGUUAGGUGGCGGUGAUGAGCCCGAGGGAGUGGUACGGAAGCCUGGUAGUAAGGCGGAGGAGGAUCCUGCAUCGUUACCCCCUGCCCAAACACGGAUGCAGGGCAAUGAUGGGUUUGCCCUGAUUUACUCACAAAUCUCAGGAGGCACACUGGCCGCUAAGUGGGUCAAGGGUGGUGCUGCCAAACCACAAGGUACCGUCGCUUUCCUUCGUAUAACUGACGAAAUCGACGACCUCAAACUCAACAACCAACCAUUCCAGUGUGGACGAAAUAUCAAGACUGACUGGAUCAACCAAGCUAAGGCCAUUGCCGUCUUCUUCAAACAGUGUUGGGCUUUGCGGGGCGAAGUUGAACUCACUCCCGAGUUUAACACACUCCUUCCACGAAGAGCUAUACUAGUAUUCCAUAGGCCGGACAUGACCAUGGAAAAAAUUGCCGCACCUGCUGCUAUCGAUACACUCUCCACAUCCACUGACGCAUGCGCUAUAAUGCCAUUCACUUCCGAAACCUUUAAAGGUCAAGCUACACUCAAACUCAACGCCUUUCUUGAAAAGGCUGUACGCCGAGGCGCCACCGUCAGAUUCUAA